GGAGCGGGAGCGGCCCGGGGAGCCGGAGCGCACCAUGGAGGCGGCGGCCGGCGGCCGCGGCGGUUUCCAGCCGCACCCGGGGCUGCAGAAGACGCUGGAGCAGUUCCACUUGAGCUCCAUGAGCUCGCUGGGCGGCCCGGCCGCCUUCUCGGCGCGCUGGGCGCAGGAGGCCUACAAGAAGGAGAGCGCCAAGGAGGCGAGCGCGGCUGCGGUGCCCGCGCCGGUCCCCGCGGCCGCCGAGCCGCCGCCCGUGCUGCACCUGCCAGCCAUCCAGCCGCCGCCGCCCGUGCUCCCCGGGCCUUUCUUCAUGCCAUCCGACCGCUCCACCGAGCGCUGCGAGACCGUGCUGGAGGGCGAGACCAUCUCGUGCUUCGUGGUGGGCGGCGAGAAGCGCCUGUGCCUGCCGCAGAUCCUCAACUCGGUGCUGCGCGACUUCUCGCUGCAGCAGAUCAACUCGGUGUGCGACGAGCUGCACAUCUAUUGCUCGCGCUGCACGGCGGACCAGCUGGAGAUCCUCAAAGUCAUGGGCAUCCUGCCCUUCUCGGCGCCCUCGUGCGGGCUCAUCACCAAGACGGACGCCGAGCGCCUGUGCAACGCGCUGCUGUACGGCGGCGCCUACCCGCCGCCCUGCAAGAAGGAGCUGGCCGCCAGCCUGGCGCUGGGCCUGGAGCUCAGCGAGCGCAGCGUGCGUGUGUACCACGAGUGCUUCGGCAAGUGCAAGGGGUUGCUGGUGCCCGAGCUCUACAGCAGCCCGAGUGCCGCCUGCAUCCAGUGCCUCGACUGCCGCCUCAUGUACCCGCCGCACAAGUUCGUGGUGCACUCACACAAGGCGCUGGAGAACCGGACCUGCCACUGGGGCUUCGACUCAGCCAACUGGCGGGCCUACAUCCUGCUGAGCCAGGACUACACAGGCAAGGAGGAGCAGGCGCGCCUCGGCCGCUGCCUGGACGACGUGAAGGAGAAGUUUGACUAUGGCAACAAGUACAAGCGGCGGGUGCCCCGGGUCUCCUCUGAACCCCCCGCCUCCAUCCGAAAGACAGAUGACGCCUCCUCCCAAGUCCCCACGUCUUCUGAGAAGGACAAACAGUCUGGCUGGCUGCGGACCCUGGCCAGCUCCUCCAGCAAGCAGAGCCUCGGCUGCGUUCACCCUCGCCAGCGCCUUUCCGCUUUCCGACCCUGGUCCCCUGCGGUUUCUACGAGUGACAAAGAGCUCUCCCCGCACCUCCCGGCCCUGAUUCGAGACAGCUUUUACUCCUACAAGAGCUUUGAGACGGGGGUGGCCCCCAACGUGGCCCUGGCGCCGCCGGCCCAGCAGAAGGCCGUGAGCAGCCCGCCCUGCGCCACCGUGGUCUCCCGGGCCCCGGAACCUCUAGCCACCUGCAUCCAGCCACGGAAGCGGAAGCUGACCGUGGACACGCCCGGAGCCCCGGAGACCCCAGCGCCCGUGGCCGCCCCAGAGGAUGACAAGGACUCGGAGGCCGAGGUGGAAGUGGAGAGCAGGGAGGAAUUCACCUCCUCCCUGUCGUCCCUGUCCUCCCCGUCCCUUACCUCAUCCAGCUCCGCCAAGGACCUGAGCUCCCCAGGCAUGCACGCCCCGCCCGCCGCGCCCGCCGUCCCCGAGGCCGCGGCCCCCGCGGACGCUGCAAGCGGCGGGCUGGAGGCCGAGCUCGAGCACCUGCGGCAGGCCCUGGAGGGCGGCCUGGACACCAAGGAAGCCAAAGAGAAGUUCCUGCAUGAGGUGGUGAAGAUGCGCGUGAAGCAGGAGGAGAAGCUGAGCGCCGCGCUGCAGGCCAAGCGCAGCCUCCAUCAGGAGCUGGAGUUCCUGCGCGUGGCCAAGAAGGAGAAGCUUCGGGAAGCCACGGAGGCCAAGCGCAACCUGCGAAAGGAGAUCGAGCGCCUCCGGGCAGAGAACGAGAAGAAGAUGCGAGAGGCCAACGAGUCCCGGCUGCGCCUGAAGCGGGAGCUGGAGCAGGCGCGCCAGCUGCGGGUGUGCGACAAGGGCUGCGAGGCCGGCCGCCUGCGCGCCAAGUACUCGGCCCAGAUCGAGGACCUGCAGGUGAAGCUCCAGCACGCGGAAGCGGAUCGCGAGCAGCUGCGGGCCGACCUGCUUCGGGAGCGCGAGGCCCGGGAGCACCUGGAGAAGGUGGUGAAGGAGCUGCAGGAGCAGCUGUGGCCGCGGCCCCGGCCGGAGGCCGCAGGCGGCGAGAGCGCGGCCGAGCUGGAGCCCUAGCGGAGCCGCCGUCGGCCGGGUGCGGAUGCCGCAGGGGGAGGGGGGGGCAGGCGAGCGAUCCACGCCCGCAGGGGGCUCUGCGCCUGUGCGCCGUCGGCCCCCCCCCCCCCACGUCCACACAGCACAACGUCUUACUGUGCCUAUAACCAAGCGAGCGUUUGGAACCACACACUUUUGGAAUCCACUGCAAAAUUUUCUACUGGCCAAGUUCAAGUGCGCAAGCCGGGUUCCCAGCGCAGCCGGAGCCGAGGCUCUGUGCCCGCCGCGGCCCUCUGCUUGCCGGGACGUCCUAACAUUUACAUUUUUGUUAUAAGCUAUUUAAAACCAAUAAGAAGACUUGAUACUCAGAAAAAUCAACAGGUUUUUUAACGACUAACUUUUAAAAGCCCCACCAACACGUGACGCCAUCCGAGGACCCAAGGGAGCCGGGCCCCGCCCGCAAAGCCAUCUCAGCCCGUCCGCGCCCACGCAGGGACAGGGAGGGUUUUCUCCAGAGUCUAUUUUUUCAGCGACAAGGACCCAGGCCUCCUGUGCCGGCCGCCGGCGACCACUGCCGCCUUCCGCCUGCCCGGGCGCCGCUCACCUCUGCCACCCGCCCCCGGCCACCCCUGUCGCGUCGGGGCCGAGGCUGCAGCGUCGGAACAAAAACAGCAUUACUUCACUUUUUUUUUCCUUUUUGUUUGUUCAUUUAAACGUAUAUUUAGAACUGCACUUUGUCAAAACUCUUCUCUUUUUAUUCCCCAGUUAACUGAGGUUUUUACUUUUCAAAUAUUGCAAACCCAUUUAUAGAGCAGUCCACAGCCUAAGUGCUCCAGUGUUUAGAAACCCCCUCUGGUGCUCGGUUGAACAAGGGAAUCACAAAACGGAAAUGCAAAAGCUGAACUUCGGGGGGUAGUUCUGUGCCUUCCAGCAUCUUGUACAGCAAAUCCGGACUCGCCUUUUUACCCCCGAGACACCCGUCUUCAGUCGCGAUCGAACCUGCCACUAUCAGAAUAAGUCACUUGCAUUUAUUCCAAGUAAUCUCGUUUACUCUCAACUGUUCAUGCAAAUUGUAUACGGUUUUUUAUGCCCAAGCUUGAAAAAUGAUUUUACAGUCGACAAGAGGCGCUACCCAUCCUGAAAUUGCGGUAUUUAUUUACAUGAGAAAGAUCUUACCGGGAGUCUUCGCUCGACCCCAUUCUAACGCCAAUGCCAAGGCAGCUGCCGUGCACACGGAGGUGGAGGCCGCUGGCCGGCGCAGGCGCAGACCCCGCCCGCCGCCGUGACCAGCAGAGGCUUGGUGACCGUGUCAUCUGCAGGGUUCUUGCCCGUGGUUUACGGGGGGGGAGGGGCGCAGGUGCUGCUGGACCCCUCUUCUAAAGUGCAAUGCAAAAGGGACAUCAUAUAUAUGCAGCGUUUGUUUGGAAUUUUGUUUUGUUUUUGUUUUUUGCUUUUGUUUUUCUUUUGCAGUUACGAAAUCUGUAUGCAUGGAACGUUAGACCUCCGCCGUACGUAUCCCAUCGAUGGGCAUUAUUACCGGGCCCCGCAAGGGGCCGGCAGUGCUACACAACACGCAGAAUGCUGUGUUCAGCCUCGUGUUUCCGGAGUUGUGUUUUUUCAGUCAUUUCUUCAAGGGGAACGAAAUGGUUUCUUUGGAGCAGAGCUGUACGUGUGCUUCUGUGGGAUUGUGCUCUGUGGCCGAGUCUGAACGUUGUAAGAGAUCAAAGGGCCUGGGGGGCCUGUCGCUUGGGGCCACCCGUUUGCUUUUUGGUUUUUUUAGGCCCCAGCGGGCGAUGAGCUCCUCCAAGUUCUGUGCAGGCCCGCGCCCCCCCCUCCCCCCCACAGUGCCCACCUCCGAUCACCGUCUAGGCCAUUGGGUCCGUGCCCCUACUUGCCAGCUUUGCCCCAGGACUUUGGGAAAGAGCUGGCCAGCCCGCGGCAGCUCGUCCCCCGGGCCUGCGCCUGUCCCUGCGCCGGAGUUGGCGCAGCGGGGAAGGGGGCGGCGGUCACGGGCUCCCUGGUCACCAGCAGCUUGAGGUUUCCCAGGGGGCAGCGGGGCGCAUAGGCUUGUUCCGGCCGCUUCCAUCCUCAGGGAGGGGGUGGGGGGGCAGGUCCUACAGUUCGUGCGGCCGCAGGAGGGAGGAGGGGCUCUUGCAGGCUUCGGCUCUCCCCGCGUGUAAUAACCAUCACCCGAGUGAUUGUGCGUCCCGUUUAAUUACUCAUUAUUUCUCUGCUGAAAGAGGAUUUUUAACGAAGGGAGAAACAACAGCAAUAACAUUCAUACCUUGGAGCAGCUAACUCACGCGCGGCACCUUGCGCUUCGUACAGAACAGCCCCGUGUAAAUACGUGUCCUCUACGCUGUCGUAUCUCACGCGUAUACGGUGGUUCCUUUGUCAGAAACUCUUUUCUUACCUGGUAGUUGUCCUGUUUUCUGGGUUGUUUUUAACUGAGGAAGAACAGCUCACCCGCCGGAGGGGACGGACCCUCUGCCGGUCCCCGCGGCGCCCCGCGGGCUCUGUCCUCCCCGCCCCCGCCCGCCCACCGCGUCCACCAGGCUCGAGAGGCCGUCUUGUUCUUGCUUUAAGUCAGGAGUCACAAGCGACAUUUUUUUUCGAUUAAGGGAAAAACCCCACAGCUCUACCUUUAUAUCCGCCAGGAGAGUCCGCAUUGCCGUCCGCGUUUCCCCUUCUGCUGCUAAUGACAACAUGGUGACUUACUCUACUAUCGAAAACUAUUUUUAUGUAAUUAAUGUAUGCUUUCUUGUUUAUAAAUGCCUGAUUUAAAAAGAAAAAAGAAAAAGCUUGGCAUAUUUAUCUACUUCGCUGUGUACCCGUUAGUCUUCGGCGCCCCUCCCCCAGACAGAAGACAUUGUACAAUAAAGGACUUUGAGAGUA